CGCACAGGGAGCCCUGCCGGUACCGCGCGAGCGUCUGCACGAGGUGGGAACGAAAUGGAGGGUUCGGCUUCCACCCCACCCUCCUCCUCAACCGCGGCCUCAGCCACCGCUCCAGAGACCCCUGCCUCCCUGGAUCAGCUGGACCAAGGGCAGAUAAGAAAGGCAGUGGAAGCUCUGUUGGCACAUUCCAAGUCCAGGAAAAACGCGAAUGGAUUGCUUCUGAAUGAGAAUGAAAAUUUCUUUUUAAUGGUGGUGUUAUGGAAGAUUCCAAGUAAAGAACUGAGGGUCAGAUUGUCCUUGCCUCAUGGUAUUCGAUCAGAUUUAACAGAUAUUUGUUUACUUACCAAGGACGAACCCAAUUUAACUCCUGAAAAGACAGAACGGUUUUACAAGAAGCUUUUGAACAAACAUGGAAUUAAAACCAUUUCUCAGAUCAUCCCUCUGCGAACUUUAAAGAAGGAAUACAAACCCUAUGAAGCCAAGCUUCGCCUGCUGGGCAGCUUUGACUUCUUCCUCACUGAUGCGAGAAUCCGGCGGCUCCUGCCGUCCCACCUGGGGAGACACUUCUAUCACAGAAAGAAGGUUCCCGUUCCUGUAAACCUUCUGGCCAAGAAUUUAUCCAAGGAGAUCAACACCUGUAUAGGCGGGACUGUCUUGAACAUCUCAAAAAGUGGUUCUUGCAGUACCAUCCGCGUUGGUCACACGGGAAUGGAGGUCCAGCACAUCAUCGAUAACAUCAUCGCAGUCACGAAGAGGCUUUCCCAGAAGCUGCCAGAGAAGUGGGAGAGCGUGAAGCUCCUGUAUGUGAAAACCGAGAGGUCCGCUUCGCUUCCCAUCUUUUCCUCGUUUGUCAGCUGUCAGGGCGAAGCCAAAGGAGUGCGCACUCCUAGUCAGAAGAAGAAGGAAUUAAAGAAAAAAGAAAAACAAAAAGAGUAUCGUGAAAAACAAAAGGAGAAGAAAAGAAGCAAAAGGCUUACGAAGCGGGCCAGAAAGGCCUCGUCGGCCCCGAAGAAAGAGGAGGCAGGCCCUGGAACUGGCGGUGCUCCGGUGAAGGACCCCGCACCCCCGAAAGAGGCCCGAGCGUGUGGGAAGAAAGAGAGCAGGCGAGUAAAAGCCCAGAAUAAAGUGCAGGACGAAUCCGAAGAGGAGCUCCCUCAACUGGUACCAAUAGAGAGGACUCCAGCGAAAGAAAACAGAGAGAUGCAAAAACACGCCGCAGGAAAGAAGUCUCCGAAAAAGAGUCCCAAUCCCAGCACACCUCGUGGGAAGAAGAGAAAGGCCCUUCCCAGUUUCGAGACCCCGAAGGCUGCGGAGCCCAAGACCCCAGGUAGCAGCCCGGGCAAGAAGCCAAGAAUCAAAGAAGAGGCGGGAAAAGAACAAAACUCUUCACUGGGCAAAAAAGACCCAAGACAGGUGACCAAAAAGCCAGGGGCCAAGUUCUUCACUACUCCUAGUAAGUCUGUGAAAAAAGCCCCCCACGCCCCCAAACAGUGGCCCAAAAAGUCCAGAGUGCCCCAGUCGACCUAAAAAUCAGAGACUCAAGCAGAAGGAAUCCUCCAGACUCCCUAAAGAGCUUUUUAAAAAAUGCUUGGAUCCCGCCCCUGCCCGGCGCAGUCUCCUCCAGGAGUGAGGCCCAGACUUAAAUACUUGUUAAAACCUCCGCAAGCAAUUCUGACGGAUGUUUGUGGGCGUGGGAAGGAGUAGUUGUGAAGGAGACCCAUUUUUUAAGUUGCUUUUCCAUGUAUUUGCUAAUGUAACAGGGAAAAUACAGUGCUUCUGUGUGGUUGCUUGUUAUUAAAGUGUAACAUUGGCUUCUGAGUAAACUCUUGGUGCUCCCUA